UAAAAUCAAGUGCAUAAGCAUAUGUAGCACAGUAUAGUUGAACACAGUGACGAUCGCAAAAACUUUAUGUACUGUAGUAUAGAUCUGCUUAAAUAACUUUUUAUAUUUUAUUUAGCUUUUACGUUUCAGUUUAUCUUAAAUACACCCGCCAGCUCAGUAUUAUUAAAAUAAAAUCCAACAUAUUACUUGGUCCGGAUGCUGUGGGAGAUAAAAAUACUUGAAUCAAACAGUAUUUACAAGUUCAGUACGUGGUUUAUUUGAAAGCCAGCGUGGAUCCAAGAUGUUUUGGGCUAACAUCUAUGCAUUGUCUCCACAAAUUGAGGCAUUACUUAACAAAGAAGAUGUCACACUCCAAGAGCUGAUGGAUCAAGAGGAAAUAGUGCCUGAGUGUAAAAGUCAGAACAAAAAAUUAGUUGAAUAUUUGACGAGGCCUGAAGUUAUCGAAGAAUUAGUAUCGCUGACCACUAAAGAACCGCCUGAAGACAUCGAGGAGAGGUGGAGGUACAAAUACCCUAACGUAGCCUGUGAAUUACUCACAUGUAAUGUUCCGACUCUUAAUGAAAAGUUGGCAGGUUCCGAAACAUUGUUGGCAAAAUUAUAUUCAUUUAUCGACACCGAUGAACCAUUGAAUCCACUUCUUGCCUCAUUUUUCAGUAAAAUAAUAGGAGUACUUUUGAUCCGUAAAAGUGACCAGAAUUGGUACUCCUAUCAGUUCAUGUGCUUGCAGGUCUUAGAGUUUCUUAAAGGUCGCCAGAAGUGCGUGGAUCGUCUUCUCGAGCACCUUGAGACCUCGGCGAUAAUGGACUUGGUGCUGAAGCUUGUCACCAAGGUCGAGGGCGUUGACAUGCGUCAGAAUAUACUAAAUUGGUUGGAUACUCAGCAACUAGUACAACGAUUGAUUAAAUUAUUAUCGUCUGAAGCUGAUUCAGACAAACAUACUAAUGCGGCACAGUUACUUUGUGAUAUUGUUAAAUUAGCAAGGGAGUACAGGUUAACGUGCACUGAACGCACUGAUCCUGAUCCUAUUCUCAAUACAUUAGAGUCAGAAGAAACCGUGUCAUUAAUACUAGAGACUAUUUUAUCUGGUGAACAUAAAGAAAGUAGCAUUGUAGGAGGUAUUCAAGUACUAUUAGUUUUACUUGGCCAAGAAACAAACAAUAUUUUAAUUGAUCCAAAACAAGGUAAUAAUUCUGGUGAAGAUACAACAGAAAAUAUGGACCAUAUUAAAAUCCAAAAUGCCACUUUACCGUACCUGGAAAAAUUACAAAAGCUAUUAUUUGACCCACCGCCUAAGCCCACAGUUAAGACAACAGCUGGAUUAUUAGAGAUUCCGUUAGGGAAUACCCGCCUGCAUAUUGCCAAAUUAUUAACAGCUCUUCUUUCGUCGGAGAAUAUUAAAGUAUUCCAGAAGCUCGCUGAGCUAGGUACAUUCCAAACGUUGUUGGAUCUAUUUUUCAAGUACUGUUGGAAUAACUUCCUUCAUACUCAAGUAGAACAAUGCCUGGCUUUAGUUAUUAGUGGAGAGUGGCAAGAGAAUAGCAAUUCAGUAUAUUCGCACAUAUUUGUUCAGUGUAAAUUGAUCGAGCGUAUACUAGACGCCUGGGUGAUAAAUGACGAUAAACAAAAAAAAGAAAAUGGAAUCCGUCAAGGCUACAUGGGCCAUUUAAUAAAUAUAGCUAAUAAUAUUGUGAAAAAGUCUGAAAAGAGCGAAGAAUUGAGCAAGUAUUUAAAAGAAAAUGUUCCUCAAGAGUGCUUUGAAAAGUGGGAAGCACUUGUAAAUACUCAACUUGCUGAAAUUAACAAAACACACCAAAUAUUCCUGGGCGGAAAAACACAGCCGUACAUCACGUCGUCUGAGGACAGCACAGAAGAUUUUAAUUCUUACUCCCAAGAUAAUUAUUGCCAGCAGGUUUAUGAAAACUAUCAAGAACAACAAAUGACAUCACGUUUUACCGAUCAUUACGGCUUAUAUGACGAUAAAUUUAAUGAUGGAAAUGAUGCUUUGCAGCCCAGUAAUUCGGUUGAUCAGAUAGCCACGAUGCCUUUCACAUUAACUGAAGAAGAUCUUAUUCAACAAGAAGAUGCAUUUAAUAAAAUAUGUCAGCAAAAACAAAAAGCCGGCCUAGAGGAAGAAGGUCUUGAAUGGGGCGAUGAAGGCGAACUAACUUUCCAAACAGUUAUUGAUAAACGCGAUUGGCCAUUCAAGCAACAGCAGCAUGAUUCUAUUUCUUCCGACGAGGACGAAGAUACUAAAGACAUUCAGAUGGAAAUAGAUUCUGCUGAUCCUUGGGACACGCCAGAGCCUUUAUCAAACAAUACAAUUCUACCAGAAGUAAGCCCUUGGGAUUCAUCGACAUCGCCUACAGAUGAAUCGUCAGGCUGGGCUAAUUUUGACAACUUUGAUAGUACGCUUAACAUUGCAAACCCUGCACAAACAACCAUGCAACCUAACGCUGAACCUGAAAAGCAGGAAGUACCUGAGACAACGACUAGUACAACAGACAAACUAGCUACUUCUAAUCCCGAACCAAUUGCCACUUCUUCUCCUUUUUUGACUAAUUCUUCUUCUUCUCCUAAUGAUAUUAAGUCCCCAGAAGCAUCUGCUGAUCAAGAUCCAAUUAAAGCUAAUAUCAUUGAGAAUAAGAAUACUAAGGAUUCAGUUAGAGAAAAUCCAGAUAAUAAUGUGUCUUCAAAUGUAAAUGAUAAUGCUAAUGUAGAGCCAAUUGAAAAUAUUCCUCCAAGUGAUAGAAAAUCAGAAGAGCCUGAAGAUAAAACACGUGCACUUACAAAUUUAUAAACAAACCAACUGAUUGUUAAAUUGUAAAUUUAUAAGGAUGAGAUUUAUUUGUUUAGUUAAUUGGUGAUUAUGUAUGAGUGAAUGCAUCGAAGAAGUUUAAAAAAAAAAUAAUAAUAAGUAUAUUAAAUUUUGAUUAAAGAAUUAUGAUUAUAUUUCUGUAUUAUACAUAAAUCAUAUCAGAUGGAAAAAAAAAAACAUUGUCCACAAAUGACAGAGUUAUUUAAAUUUAUACUUAAAAAAUGAAAAACAUCGUAUAAACAUGGCUUCAAGUUAUGUAUUGCAGGGUAUUGUUAUCAAUUAUUAAUUAUUAUUAUUAUUAUUAUUAUUAUUAUUAUUAUUAUUAUUAUUAUUACUAUUAUUAUUGUCAUCGAUUUAUUAUUACUAUUAUUAAUGCAUUGUAUUAAUUAGUUAAUUAGAUACGAUGAAUGCGAGUUAUUUGAUGCUCAACUGUUUUAUAUAGUGAAAUUGUUCGAUGUCUAUACAGUAGUUAAUUGAAGAAACAAACAAACAGAAAGAAACAAAUGAAAUAUUAUUUAAUUAAAACUAGUAGAAUUAAAGUAACUGUAAUAUGAAUUAAUCCUUGUAUUUUUAUCAUAAAAUUAAUUACCAUGACGCUAAAUGAUGUUACAAUGAAUAAAAAAUUCAUCUCGACUUUUA